AUGCGGGAAGUACUCACCCAAAGCUGCUGUGCCCUGGGCUUCAUGCUAGUGGUGCUCAUCCCCAUGACCGGGGCUUGGCGGUCGUUCAAGGUCAUCAUUACACAUGUCGAUUUCGAGGCCAACGAGAAGAUUGUGAACCUCACAAUGGAUCUGCAAAAUGACGCCGGCGACUCAAAGCUCAGCGUGGACAUCACAGUUUAUGAGGACAUUGAGGAUGUCCAAUUGGCGGUCGACGUGGGCCUGGAAACGGACAAGGGUAACUUCUCCACCCUUAUCAACCGCACCCUCAACUUCUGUAAACUUAUGAAGCAGCGGAACUCUGAUCCCCUGGUCCGCGGCAUUUACGACGACCUUCUGAAGCACGGCAACCUGUUCAAGGAGUGUCCCAUUAGGAGCGGGACGUUCAGUCUCAGCAAAUAUAAGGUAGACGAGGAAAUGCUGCCCAGCUUUCUUCCGGAAGCAAAGUUCCGUUUCAGGCUACUAAUUACGAGGCCCAAGAAUGAGAGGAUCGUCAGGGCCGUCAUCUAUGGCCGCAUAGAUAAGUCCAAGGGAUUCGACAACCUCAAGCGGUUCAGCAUGGGUUGA